AUGGGUGUAAUGCGUCUACCUCGCCCAACGGGCAUCUACGUUCCGAACUCACCUCGACUGACAAACGACAUGAUCUCUCCACCUCUCUCUCCGGAAUUCAGCUUCGACUCGGAGAGCAUCAUCCCAUCCAUUCUCCCCGCCAUGGAAUACAUUUCCAAGAAGCUCCAGGUCAAGAUGAUGCACGUCACACUUCUCGUGGGGCGAGGAAAGCCCUACCCGACCGGGCAACCUUCCGACCUCAUGAUCAUUCCCAUUGACCCCGUUCAACCACAAGCCUGGCGCGUCCUGGAGCGAGCCAUCGCCAAGGCCUCGAGGAAGUUCUCUCUGGGACAAAGCUGGACUGACGCACUCGGGCGCAGCCAAUACGAACGUCAAGCAAACGAAUACCUGGUGAAGCAAUCUAUCCUGCAGAACGAAGUUGUCUUCAGCCAGGAAGGCUUGACCCUCCUCAACAUGGACCGCAUCUACACAUUCAAGCGUCGCAUGUGCAUCCUCUCCAACCGCCCCUUCUCCCGCACCGACGAACAAGCCAUGUCAUCCUGCGUGCAACUCCUCCACCGCAUCGUGGGCGACUUCUCUGGCCGCCCUUUCAGCAAAGCCUUCUUCCACCGUGUUUACGAGCAACUUGAUGUCCCCGAUACACAACUGACCGCCGUGGCGGCGGCAUACAAGAAUUUACACAAAAAAGACGCGAUCAUUCUUCCCUCCCAACCCCAAGUCGAGAUCAAGGCCGAGCGCCUCCCAGCGAAGAAGGCCGACCCUGUUCCGAUCCGCGUCAAGGCUGAGCGGCCCCGUGAGCAUGUCAAGAAGUCUCCAAUCCAAACUGUGCGUGGUCGGAGACAGCCCCCGCCCUCCAAGAGAGCGACAAAGCGGGGACCCAAGACACCAUUGUCGGCAUCAGAUGUCACGCCCAUCACUCGAAAUGAGUGGAAUAUACUUGUUAGCAAGGAUAUUCGCCUGCAGCCCAAAGUCACCAAGUGGACUCCCUCGCCUACCGUGCUGGCUGCUGCGUGA